AUGGCGCGCCGGGUGUGUUUUGUUAGUUUUGGAGUAUAAUUGCAGUUUUUAUGCAAUGUGUGCCGAUUAAUUAUAUUUUAUUUUAAGCUUUUUAACUAUCCUUAAAAAUGGAACCUAGUUUUGAAGAAGCAUUUGACUUUGAUCUUAAUUUUAUUCAGCAACCAGUUCAAAAUGUCAUGCCAAAUAAUAAAUUACGUAAAGCGAUUUUAAUGGCUAAGAGGAAAACUAUUGCUACAGAUUCACUUAUCAAAAAGUAUCUAGCAAAGAAGGAAAUUGUACAACAAUCUGAGCUCAUGCUUAAUUCGGCUAAAGAAGAAUGUAAAAGAGUUUGUAUAGAUUAUAAGAAUACAUUGGAGAAAUGUACAAUCUUAGAAAAGGAACUUCAGACAUUGGAUCAGAAAUUCAAAGCACUGGAAUCUAAUUAUGUACUGUCACAGAAUCAAUGUGAAGCUAUGAAGUGCCAUGCAAACCAAUUACAGUCGCUUGUUAAAGAAAAUGAACUUAAAAUUGAAUCUCUUUUGUUAGAAAAUAAAUUGUUUGAUAAGAAAAAGGAGAAGGAAAGUAAGGGCAAGGAAAUAAAGGAACACGGAUUUAAGAAGGGCUAUCAAGAAAAAGGUUACUCCUUACUUAAGAAAAAAAAUGAAACAUUUUUUAAACACAUUCUUUUAUUUAAGGAUAUUAUUAUGGGUAAAACAAAGUUACAGAAAGAGCAUAGGCUUAUUUUAAAUAAGUACAAGAAGCCUAAACAAGAGAAGGAAUUGAAUGAUGAAAUUCUUGGUGAUAAUUACAGUAGUGACGAAGCUGACUUUUUUGAUGAAGUUACACCUCCACCAUCAAAUGAAACAUUACUAUCUCCUUAUCAAAACAACGAGGAGAAGCCUGCACCAUUAAAGGUGUUUAAGGAAAACAUUCAUGAGCACUGUGCUUCGAACGUUUCUAAUGGAAUACAUGAAUCAGAACUUGAUAGUGAAGACACAGGUAGAGGUUCUUCUCUUGCGUUUUCAGACUCAGGAAAGUUCUUUAACAGCCCUGAUCAUUGCUCCAAUGAUCCAACGCAUUUGGAAGUCAUCAAUAGUAAAAUGAAUACUGAAAGAUAUUUAGAUGCUUCAACGAAUACUCUAUGUAAUUUAGAACAUAAAGCAACAAGCCCCCUUAUGUUCGACGACAUAGCCCUUCUCAGUGAUGACAUUGGUCUGCAAGGAAACUUCUUUAACAUGCCUGAUCAUUAUUCUCAUAAAACAGAGCGUUUGGAAAAUAUUCGUUGUAAAAUAAAUACUGAAAGAUAUUUAGAUGCUUCAACAAAUACUUCAUGUAUUUUAGAACAUAGAGGUACAAGCCCUCUUAUGUUCGACGACAUAGCCCUUCUCAGUGACGACAUUGGCCUGCAAGCAAACACACAUUCGAGACCUAGAAUAGGCAGUCCUGAAUAUUUUAUAACAGACAUUCCUCUCAGCACUGAAGUAGUAACAAUAAGAGAAAAAAUAAAGAUGGUGGAUUGUGCUUCUAGCCCCAUUCCUGAACUCAUGGAUGCUUCUUUAGAUCUAAGUAAGUCAAGUUGCAAAAUAACUAUUGAAGAUUUAAUGAUGGAUGUGUCACUCUCUUUAAACACUGAAGCAGGAAUAGCAGAAGAUAAACUCAAAACGGUGGACUCUGCUACUAGUCCUAUUCAAAGAAUUGAUAGAGUGCAUGUAUCUUUAAGCCCAAUUAAAUUUGGUAAUCAAGAUCUAAAGGUUAAUGGUAAAAACAACACUGACACAUUCAGUGGUUUAAAUACUGCAUUACAUGAUAUGGAAAAUCGAUCACUCUCGAGAGGACUUAUCAUGUCGGAAGAAAAUAACUAUGCCAGACUGGCCGUUGAAAAUAUUAACUUACCACAAGUUUCAUCUGUGGACUUAUCAACAAAUGCUGUUGUAGAAAUUUGUGAAAAUAAUACUCUAGAAACAAAAUGUUUGGAAGAAAACAAUAGUGACAAUUUAAGUAGCAAGUUUAAUGAUGAUAAAGAAAUAGAAAUGAUUUUUAGUUCAAUGCGCUUAGAACAUAGACUGUUAACUCCUAUACCCCAAACACCAUUAAAAUCAAGAAACUCAAUAUGUAGAAAGCAACAUAUGAUUGCGCAAGAAAAAUGCACUGAUCAUAAAUGCUGUAAAAAUAUAAUUAGGUUACAGAAAAAACAUUUAAUGUUACGAAACAAUUACGCAGUUAUGGAGAGAGUAAUAAAGACCAUGAAAUCUUCUAUACAAGCACUAACAGUUUUACCUUUAACAACCAUAGACGAUAAGUGGGCAAAUGAAGGAUCCGUAAAUGCGUAUAGUGAAAACGAGGCUGAUAGGGAUGAAGAAGAAUUCGACAUGCAUACACAAAAUAAUAUUGAAUGUAAUAACUAUUACGAAACUAUGAAAUCAUCGGGUCAAAAUUGCACAGAUCAAGUAACAGAAUCACUGAGUCAAGAUAUUAUAGAAGAUAGAAUGGACAUAAAUGAUGAAAACCUAUCGUUGUCAGAGAUUAUGCGUCAGAAUGCAAACAUUACUAAACCUAAAGCUUGCCGAAGUAUAAUCAACAAACGGCUUGACCCAAUACUAAGUCAUGAUGGAAGUACUAACUCUGAUCAUAAUAUAAGCGAAGUUAGAGAUGUCAGCCCCGAAAGAAUUGUAAGCCCUGUGAACGUCGAUAACAAAAGAAACAACACUCAAGAUCAACAUCACAAAAUUAAAUCAAUCAAACAGAAAAAGUUGUCAAAGUUAGAGAAAUUAAGACACAAAAUGUUACCAAAGUACAAAAUUUCCGAAAACGAAAAAAAUAAAUCAUUACGUAAGAAGAAAUCUGUCGUCUCCACAGUAAAAAGAUCUGAAACAGAUAAGUUACUUAAAAAUAAAUUAGCAUAUGAAAAAGCUGUUAAGAUUAUGGCAGAAAUGAAAUUAAAAAGUAAGGUAAGUAAAAAUAAUAAGAAAAUAAAUCAAUUCAGUGGUGAAAAACAUGAUAACACUUCAAGCUUACAUGGAAAUAACAUGGAUAAAUUAAUGAAAGGAAAUGAUGCGCUUCAAUUUGAACCUGUUCAAAAGCCAGAUUCUGGUUCAGAAGAAAUGGAUUCAUCCGUAAGGCGAACAACUCGAAGUCAAUGUCAGAAUGUUGGAGAAAUAAAUAAUGAGAAACAAUUAACAGAUAAUGUCAAUAAUACUAAAAAUAUAGAAAAUAAUGAUAAUAUACCAAUUAAUAACACAAGAGAACUAAUUAAUGAAACUAAAUCUAAAAUAGUAAAGGCAGAGAAUAUUGAAGCUAAAAGUGACAGUCCGCGUCAUUCUAUGAGAAAUAACAGAAGAACUACCAGAAGUCAAAGUAAGCUUUCUGAAUCAGAAGCUGACACAUCAUUGAGACAAAAACAACAACUAGUUAUUGCCCAACGUGACAAAUCUUGUGAGAAACUAACAGAAGUUCAGACUUUUUAUAGCGAGGAAGAAUUACAGGGUAAAUCAAACACACAAAGUCAAAGCAAGGGGCCAAGUGUGGAUUUAAGUUGCAUAAAAGAAGCAUACAACAAAGAUUAUACUUGCCAUUCCAAACAGAGACCAUCACAAUCGCGAAAACGAUCUCGGGAUUUAUGUGAUGAAUUUGUUGAACCCAUUCCGAAAAGAGUUUUACGUAGUUCUAAAGCAAAGGAGCCUGUUAUUGAUAAUAUAAAUAACGCAUGUGGUGAAAACAAUCUCAACAUUAGCAGAAAUAUCGACAGUAAUGAAAUGAAUAAAACUGAAUUUGAUAAAAUCAGUAAAGAAGAAACACUUCAGAAUAAGAGUAACAAUGUUAUUGAUUAUAGUGACUUAAACAUAUCUACGACAGCCAAAAGUAAUAAUUGUACCGAAAAGAGUGGUAUCAAAACUACAUUCACUUACCCCAAAAACAGUAUUCUUUGUAAAUCAAUAGAUAAAUAUGGUAAACAAUCUAUUCGGUUUGGCACCUAUAAAGUUUCAGAGCAAGUGUCAAAUACCAUAUGCACUAAAUUGGAAGAAGAUAUAGCUCAAAUUUUACAGAUGUCUGCAGAUAAAAUCAAUCAAGGAAUGAAGAAGCUCGUGGAAGAUUUGCAAAAAUAUCCUAUUAAAAUGUUCAUCACAGGUUUUAUGAAAUAUUUAAAACAACCUAUGAGAAAACAAGAGAUGUUCAAACUAAUGAACACGCCCCCAGCACCUCCUAUGACAAAGUCUGAGCAGAUUCUUUUGUUCGUGAUUAGGCAGCUUAAACAGGACCAUUCCAAUAUAGUUGAAAGUAUAUUGGAAAACAUAGAGUUUUGUCUUUUCCAAUUAAACAGAACACCCGAGUUUGAAAUCAUUGAGAGUAUGUCCCACUUCUAUGCUAUAGUGUGCAGAUAUUUCGGUCUCAAGUAUAGGCUGAGGCUGUUUCUCUUGGACGCUAUGUAUUGUAUGUCCUUCAAGGCAGUGACAGUCGUUAAAAAUUGUUUAGAAGUUUGGAUGCACGUUUUGCCUUUGGCGCAUAUGGGCAUGGCAAAAUCACCCCUUGUAACUUGUUUAGUUUAUUUAUUACAUUUUUACAAGUGCGAGGACAAAUUUAAGAAAAUAGAUGUCAUUAGAAAUAUACUACAGCAUAAGUAUUUCUACAAGAUCACAGAAAUGACUGAGGCAAAAAUUUUAGAAAUGUUUAUGAAUGCAGUUAAAGAAAUUAAAGAUGUGUUGAUUGAGAAAAAAAUUCUAAGGACAGCUUUAAUAAUAUUAGCGAAAAGACGGGGUGCAGUUUGGUGCCAGAAGAACAUUGUAAAAAAUAUGCUACUACCAAUCAUAGAGAAAGAAAAAUGCUCAGAUGUUUCAAAGCAGUUUGCUGUUAGCAUGCUGGGACCGCUAGUAAAGCCUUACCCCAUGGAUAUGAAAGUGCAUAGUGAGAUAAUUGUAAAUCAGUUAAUGGAUAUGCUUGAUCAAAAUCCCACUGACAGUAUGAAGGAAGCCAUUUUCACAAGCCUGAUCUUCAUGAGCAGACAGAAUCAUUUCAGAGUAACUCAAGCACUUCUGAACUGGGAACCGGAGAAAGUUUCUCAGGAGUUUGAGAAAGUUAUAAAAGACUUUGUGACUGAGAAGCCUAUAAAGACAUGGACUAAAAUUUUACCAAAAAUGUUAUUUCAGCAAGGCUAGUUAAUUAAGUUUACAUAGAAAUAUUCUAAGUACCCGAUUAAAAGAUCAAAGCUAUAUUGUUCUAAAGACCUUAAAUAAAUAAAUAAUAAUUAUUGUUUUUGUUUCUGGUUCCGGCGAUAGUUUCGUUUUUAUUAAAAUUGAGUUUAUAAUAAUAUAAUCCAGUGACAUAAUAUGAUCGACACAUCGAGUGAGAGAUCAUGCGCGGUCCUACACCUGAUCUCUACCAUUUUUAGGGUGUUUAUAUUAUUUUAUAAAAUAAUAUAUCGAUUUUAAAAUGUGACACUUAAGAUUGUAAAUAAUAAAUAUAUUAGAAUCUAAGAUAGAAAGUGGAAUACUACUUUCUAAAUUACAAAAAAAAAACUGUAAUAUAUUAUGCUAAGUAUCCAUAAGCACCUUUAAUUAAUUUUACUAAACAUAGCUGUUUAAUACUUAAGUGUAUUUACUAUGAUAAGCCGCCUAGUCGAAGGCACCUCUAUGUCAUUACAAUAUUAUCGUGCUACAUUUUGGUUCCUUAUGUACAUAGUCUAGUAUUUGGUCUGUGACUGUUUAAGCAUGUUUUAGUAAGUAACUUAUAUAAUGUUUGGACUAUUUAUGACUAUGUUAUAAUAUGUAAGUACCUAUAUAAACUUGUGUCUGUGUUUAAUAUUAUAGUUCUGUGAUUUUUGUAAAGCUACUUCAUUU